AUGUAUAUCAGCCGUCGUCGACCCAUGAUUCAUUUGUUUACUAAGCAGAAACAUCAGUUGCAAACCAUCACACGGAGACUCCAACAAGACCCUGACUUCCCCAAAAACCUUACACCCAUCUCCUUACACCAACUCCUUACACCCAUUGCCUUACACCCACUCCUUACACCCAUCGCCUUACACCCAUUGCCUUACACCCACUCCUUACACCCAUCGCCUUACACCCAUUGCCUUACACCCACUCCUUACACCCAUCGCCUUACACCCAUCGCCUUACACCCAUCGCCUUACACCUAUCUCCUUACACCCACUCCUUACACCCAUCGCCUUACACCCAUCGCCUUACACCCAUCUACUUACACCCACUCCUUACACCCAUCGCCUUACACCCAUCGCCUUACACCCAUCGCCUUACACCCAUCGCCUUACACCCAUCGCCUUACAUCCAUCGCCUUACACCCAUCGCCUUACACCCAUCGCCUUACACCCAUCUCCUUACACCCACUCCUUACACCCAUCGCCUUACACCCAUCGCCUUACACCCAUCAUCCCAAGUCCUCCGAAAGUGUCCUUUCCUGUGGUUUGAGACAGCACACCUUCACAGAAAAAGGUAGAGUCAAUGCCUGGGCGAGAGAAUGUGAGGAGCAGGCAGGCAACCGACAACGAACUGCCUCAGAGAGUCCGGCUCCGGAAUUUUUCCUCAAGGUUAACUCCUGA